CUAAUUUUUAAUUUUUAAAAAUUGUAAAUGCUCUAAAACAUAUUUAUUUACUAAGAUUUCCCAUAUUUAACAAACAAGAUGUUGAAGUUUAGUGGGUUGGUUGUUUGGAGGUUAGGAUCACGAAAUACUGUGAGGAAAUACUCGGCUCCUGGAGUAACAAUGUUUAAAGCAGACAAAACUGACUCACCUACAAAUAUAUCUGAUAAAAAUGUACAGCCACCGGCAUCGGCCAGUAAAGAAACUUCAAGUCUAGUUGCAGCAGCAUUUGCAUCUCUCAAUGCUCCAGAAGACGAAAACAAGAAAAAACCAAGUGUAAAGUCAUUAAAACCAAACCGUACUCAACAACUUGACAGCGUAAUAGGUAAUGCAACUGAUGUUAACAGUCUGUUACUUGUUGCUGAGAACCCUGUUGUGUCUAGGAGGCACGCACUAAAGAUGGUAUCAGUACUAUCGGAAUGGUUUAGCAGUAACAAAGUAAAGCUAUCAGACUUUGAGAAGGACCCUCGUUUCCUCAAGCUCUGUCGAAUCUUGGGCAGGUCAUCAGCCUCUCAAGCUAUGACCUCUUUAACUAUGGCAGAGGAUUUGAGCACAGUACUCGGUAUUACUGGCGAUGAUGAAGCUGCGAGGCUGAUUGCUAAUCUGUCAUUACCACAGAUGAUUAAGGUAAUGAAAGCUCUGCAAUUGAAAGGCCGUCGAAGCACGCCCUUGCUACGAGCUCUAUCAUACAAUAUAACGAAGCAGUCAGAACCUAUCGACCUUAAGAGGUCAGCCGAUUUGUUGUUCUCAAUGGCCGCUCUGAACUUUCCCGAUCCCGUCCUACUGGAUAGGAUAUGCAGCGAUGUGAUCGAGAGCCUGCCGUCGAACGCUGACAAGCCCGCGGUGGUGAGCUCGGUGCUGGUGUCGCUGGGCCUGCUGAAGUACCGGCACGAGGCGGCGCUGUCUGCGCUGGCCGAGUGGACGCAGGCGCGCCGCCACGCGUGCCGCCCGGGGGACGUGGCCUCGGCCGUGGUCACGCUCGCCACGGUGGACUACCUGCCCGUGCACUCGGACUCGCUGAUCGAGACAGCCCUAUCACUAAAAGAGGAGGAGAUGGUCAAAGCAUCUUCUUGGCUCGACCUGGUGUUCGCCUUACUCAUUCUGGACAAAGUGGAGAAUCACCACCUUACUUCAACGCUGAAGCCAGAAUUCAUUGACAAACUGCUCUCUGCUGGUGAAAUACCAAUCCCGGCUCGACGAAAACUGAUGACAAUCGACGCGUACGUUGGACUCAAAUUCCCAUCAACAUCGCCACGGUUGGCCGAGGACAUAUCAGUGGGCGUGCCUAUCGUGUAUACAAAGGAAAAAGCACUCUAUGUGCAGAGUAUUAUGGACACGUUUAAGAGUUUAGUUUCCGCCGAGACGUUUUUGAGAAGAGAUUGCCAGUCUGGCAUGGGAUUUAUAUAUGAUGCUGAAUUCGCGGUUGAUUCAAAAUGUCACCCAGUGCCUUUAGAAAAAGCGGCCAGCAGAAAAGAUGUACACAGGAUAGCAGUAUUAGGCCUGGACUAUCACGACCUGGCCAGGAAGGUGCCUCUACCUUUAGGUGUAAACAAACUGUACAGCAGGCUAUUACGACUUAAGGGCUUCAAAGUAUUAGAGAUCCCCUACACGGAGUUCAACCCCAAGGACAAGUUAGUGACACGAGUGCAGUAUAUUGAGAAACGGCUCCAAGAGUUGCUGAAGCAGUGAACCAGAGGAGCGGUUUAGAUGUUCAGUUGUAAAAAUAGUAGUGCAAUGAGACAAUUGGUGAUGCGAGAUAUGAUUUUGAUGCAGUCGGACGUUUGGUGAUAUGAGAUAUGAUGUCGAAGCUUUCCCCGAACAGUACCGUUUAUUUUUCUCGUGGGGUAAUCCUUGAUUAUGUCGGACUCGUACCGACUAAAACCCCACGUUAUUCCAACCAGUCGCGUGGUGGCUGGGCCACGGGAACGCUUUCGCAUACAUCCGCGAUGAACAGUACCCUUCCUUAUCUAAGGUUGGUAAUGCCAAUGUAAAAUGGAAUUAAUGCACCUUGUUUUAAAGCACAGAUUCGUCCACACUUCCACAGCAAGCGCACUUGUCACAAUUAAAAUAAGAUUACAGUAUCGCGGCCCUAAUGCCCGUUUUCACUAACCUAGGCAUCGCCUAAAUCGUAUGCCUAUGAUUUAGAGAUGUCUAUAAAAAAAAACCGUUUCAUUAACUCUUAUGUGAUAUUUAUUGGUGAAAGGUUGAUAGUUGCCUAGGAAUCUACUUAGAUUAGGCGUUACUUAUUUAGGCAUUGUCUUGUUCGUCGUUAGUGAGAACGGGCAUAAACCGAGUUACAUCAGGUCCAUUUGUGAUAAGAGUGAUUAUGUUAAAGCUGCCUUAAAACAGUACCUUUCCUAAUCGAUGGUAGGUUUACUUGGUUAGGUCAGAGCGAAAUGGAAUCUAAGUAACUUGUUUUAAAGCUCAGAUUUGUCCGCACUCCUUAAAGAAGCGUAUUUGACAAAAUAAAAGUCGGGAUUACAGAAUUUGCAACUCUAAAACGACUUACAUUAGGUCCAUUUGUGAUAUGAGUGAUCGUGUUAAAGCGUUCCCCAAACAGUACCCUUCCUAUUCCAAGGUCAGUUUAGACUCGAUAACGCCACAGUAAAACGGAAUUUAUGCAACUGGUUUUAAAACUCAGAUUCGUCUAUACUUAUACAGCAAGCGCACUUUACAGAAUAAAAAGCAUAACAGAAUUUUC